AUGUCAGUUUCAGCUGUGUUGGGGCCUCAAUUGGUGGCUAUGGGUGUGGCCGUGAAGAAGCCAUCUGCGACGGCGUCGUUUGGGGUCCCAAAGACAUCCCCAUGGCGCGGCUCAGUUGGUGGAGGGUUUGAGUAUGAGGAAAAAGGUGAUUUUGCAACCUCAACAAAACAUUUCAGGUGGUGUUCUGCUGCUUUAGAUAGAGCUGUUUGGUGGUUGUUUUUUGUUCUGUUAAUUAAGAGGAAUGUCUCAUCGGUGCUGUGUAACUGCUUUUUGGACUGCUUGAUAGCUCUUCUCAUUGUUGCUAGGCAACAGAGGUAUUUCAUGAGGAAGCUGAAGAAGGUCAAGAAGAGCAAUGGUCAAGUGCUUUCCAUUAAUGAGUCAAUGUUUUUUUGCGGUGGAGAAGUGGUUCCUUCUCAACUCUCCUCCUGGGAGGAAGAUCGAAAGAAAAAGAACUGGAGAAAUCAAUACAGGAACCCCCAGUCUGAUGUCAAUGUUGUUGCGGCUCUUAAUUCUUCAAUUUUCUCCAUCUUACUUGCUAAAGUUGAAAGUUCACAUUAG